CAAAUGGUGUUCUUAAUUCUUUGGAAAUGUAAGAAAUGCUUGGAGAAAGGGUUAGUAAUGCAAAAUCUAAAACCCAAAGGAUCUGAUGGUAAUUAACCCAUUUCUGGGAUGCGUCGGCUUGUAAGUGAAUUUUACUGGAUGCCCAAAAGGGAACUGACGAAGUAAGAAGUUUCGCUUUCCAAAUCAUUAGUUAAAUAAUCUUACAUUUUAAACUUUCCAAUUUGAUUCUUCUUCAUUUUCUAUCUUUCUUUCGACAUCAAUCAAUUUAUAUAUAGCACCAACGAAACAAAAAAGUUUCUCACUCUUUCAGCUGACGCCUUGGUUUUGAUUCAUUCAUCUUCUUUUCACUCUAUUCUUCAUUUUCCAAAUAUUCAUUUCUUGAAACUUUUUCCCAUAAAAUCUGCUCCUUUUCUGAAAUCAAUCACUUUGUUGCAAUCUUUUUAGUGAAUUGCUAUUUGGGUUUUUUCUAGAUUUUGAAAAAAGGGGGUGAAUCAAAAAGUUUAUUAUUGAUAUUUUCUUGGAUUUGGGUCUGGUUGUGAGAAGUUUGUAGUGGGUCUUGGCCAAAAUUGAGUCUUUUAAUAAUCUAAGCAUUUGAUUUGUUGGAUUUUCUUGGAAUUUUUGACCUCAUGAUUGUUCUUUGAAGUGGGGAUUAUAUUUGAUCGUUGUGAGAGAUUGAUUUAGAGAGAUGGCUGCAAAAGAGUUAAUUGAGAUCAAAUUCAGGCUUGCUGAUGGCAGUGAUAUUGGACCCAACAAGUAUAUGCCUAACACCAGAGUUGAUACUCUUAAAGAAAAGAUUAUUGCACAGUGGCCCAAAGAUAAAGAUUAUGGGCCAAAGACAAUAAAUGAUGUGAAGCUUAUUAAUGCUGGAAGGAUACUUGAGAACAAUAAGACACUAGGUGAAUCCAGACUUCCAGUUGCUGAAGUACCAGGAGGUGUCAUCACUAUGCAUGUCGUUGUACGCCCUCCUAUGAAUGAAAAAAGCAGUGAUAAACUGCAGGACGAUUCCCUGAAGAAAGGUGGCUGUGGAUGCACAAUCUUGUGAUCCAUUUGACCAGAUAACAAGAAUUACUCCAGUUUAAUAAUAUUCCAUAGGUCAUGGAUUUUUCAGUAGCGGGACUUUUGGAUGCUUUAAGAAGUAUCUUGAACGUUACUGGAAUCCAAGAAGAUAUGAAAUGACAAAAUUCGAAGAUCAAAUAUCAUUGAAGCUCUUUGUUUUUACCUUUUUUCCUUCUCUUUUCAUUGUAUUACCUUUAGAUUUCAGCUUGGAAAUCUAGAAGGCAAAAAGGGAUUGGUGCCAUUGCUGUGUAGGAACUUCUGUGGAAAGGAUGUAAAAGUUUUACUUUCUUUUUCAGGUUGGGGUGGGGGGCAAACUUGUUACAAGAAGCACAAAAGAACUGUUGAAAAUCAUAGAUGGUUUGAUUUCAUUUGAUUCCACAUUCA